AAAAGCAGACGUUGCAGAGAUUCAGGAAAACACGACAAUUAUGUGGUGUCAAAACAGUAUACUGGUGUUCUUCUUAGGCAUUUUUCAUUUCGCAUCUCAUGCAUAUGACAUUGAUAGUGAUAAAGUUGAAACUUCCGACUUUGACGUUAUAGUUGGCGGACAAACGCUAAAUUACAAGCAAGACUCGACAACUCAUGGAAUAUCAUGUACGUUCACAUGGCAGGCUCAAGGUGGAACCAUGGAGCAAUGGGUCAUGAAGAUAGGCUCGAGUGAAGACGGGAAGCAGCUGAGUUGUUUUGUGGAGCGAGAAAGCGGAACAUCGUAUCUCUUCUUUAUGUCGUUCAAGCUUGAGGUGCAUGGGGCAAAUGUUAAAGCUCAGCAUGCUGUUGCAAAUGGUGAAUCUGGUAAAGAAUUGAUGGAUGGUAAAGACUUUAAAUUAGACAGGAAAUUAAACAAAGUUGAAGCUGGAGAUAAAUUUGAUGCUCAUUUAAUACGAGUGGGUGUUUAUGCAGUGAAAAUGGAGAAACAGAAAGAAGAUCUCUAACUUCAGCUCCCUAUUUUGUUUUGUUUUUCUCACGGCCAGUCAACAAUCAUGUAACACAAAACCAGCUUCUUUGUGCAUAGAGAUAUUGAGACAGCAGAUGCCUGUGUCAAACAACAAGCCCUUCUCUUAUGUUACUAAACAGAUCCUAAAACAGGAUUCUGUGUAAACAGAUCCUAAAACAGGAUUCUGUGUAAACAGAUCCUAAAACCAGGGCUUCUAGAAUUUGUAUAAAAUCCACCAGCCAUGGGAUCAGUGAUUUAAAAAAUUUACUAGCCAUGAUUCAAAAUUCACUAGCUCUACUUUACUUUAAGUUGAGA